UAGAAAUCGAUCAUGGCACAGAAGCUCUCGACGGAGGCCCACUACAAGUCUCUCGUCGACCAAUACGACACCUGGUUGUUCGACUGCGACGGUGUGCUCUGGGAAGGCAAUCGCCUGAUUUCAGGUGCGACCGAGGUGCUCGCGUACCUGAGGAAGAUCGGAAAGUCCGUGCUGUUUGUCACGAACAAUGCGACCCAGUCCCGCAAGAGCUACAAGGCCAAGUUUGACAAGCUUGGCGUCGAGGCACAUGUCGACGAGAUUUUCGGCUCGGCAUACGCGGCCGCUGUCUACCUUUCCACGGUGCUGAGCUUUCCGAAGGACAAGAAGGUGUACGUCGUGGGCAUGUCGGGCAUCGAGGAGGAACUGCGCGAAGAAGGCAUCUCCUUCCUCGGCGGCACGGCACCCGAAGACAACACGCUUGCUCCCUUCAGCCUCGAGCACUGGACGCCGGACCCCUCUGUGGGAGCCGUCCUGUGCGGCUUGGACACUUCUGUGAACUACACCAAGAUGUCCAAAGCCUUCCAGUACCUCCUCAGCAACCCUGAAUGCAACUUCCUCGCAACGAACGGGGAUAGCACAUACCCCACCGCGCACGGUUUGCUCCCUGGCGCGGGCGCGUGUGCUGCGCCGAUCAGCACCGCACUCGGGCGCGAGCCGCUGAGCAUCGGGAAGCCCGCGGGGACGAUGCUCGAGUGUAUCAAAGCGAAACACAACUUCGAUCCCAAGCGGACGAUUAUGGUGGGAGACCGAUUGAACACGGACAUUGAGUUUGGGAAGAAUGGCGGUCUGUCAACUUUGCUGGUCCUCACGGGAAUCACCAAGGAGCAAGAAGUGUUUGGUCCGAAGCCAUCGUCGACGGUGCCAGACUUUGUGACCCAGUCAAUUGGAGACCUUCGUGCAUUGAUAUGAGGGCUGAAUGGACAGGUUGAACGACAAUACCUAAGCGGAAAACGGAGAUAUCCACGUAGCUGUAGACACUUAUUAGAUACCUUAGCUGUGGAGAAAGUAUUUACGCUAGAGUUUGGCGGUGUAGAGAGUCGUGCGCGUGACGCCCAGUCUAUUGGUUUUUCUUCUUACUCUUCUUCGAGGGCUUCUCGUCGUCCCUCCGAGCGGUGAUACCAAGGUCGACAAGCUCUUUCACGCUACUUACUGUCAGGGCCCAAAGCGACCCAAGGAUGUAGCCCCCAAUUGCACCCCAGGCCGGUGUUAGCGGCCAUGCCUGCCAUGGACGAUCCCAAUCAAGCCCAAUGGGUAUGACGCCAGUCCAGCACCCCAGAAAGGUGCCGACGGCGGGGUAUACGAGCGCGCGUUCCACCGGUGUCCGCGGCAUCAAUUCUGCGAACAGCCGCACCCAGGCCAGUCGUCGGACCAGCGACUCAGUAUCUCCUUUGAACGAGGGAGCUCCGAGGGCAUACACGGGAGUAUAGAUAGUUAAGAGCGCCAGCAUGAGCGACAAAAGAUAAGUCUGCAACAUAAAGCUCGUAGAGUACGCACCGAAUAAGACCAGAACGACAUGGUAUGCGACGGAAACAGCUAGCGUUGCGAGGAUGGCAUAUCCACUUGCGUUCGCCUUCUGGCUGUCCCACUCUUUCUGCUUCAAUUCUCGCUCGGCCUUCUGAGCUUCGGUCUCGAGCAGCUUCCCGUCCUCAGUCUUCGGUAUCGGCGGAAGUGUAGCCCCAAACCUCCACUCGCGCACCCAGCCUGCCCACCAGAGCUGCAAUACAAAGCAGCCAAAACACAUCCAGGCCAGCGUGCGCGCCGGAUUCUCCGUAAGCAUGGCCGUCGCGUCUUUCCGCGGUUUGAGGCGCGCCGCCGAGGGGGAGGAGAGGUCUGCGAACGCGCUGCGCGGCAGGAUCAGUGCGGUAAACGCGAGGAGACUCAUGUGCACGCCGACAACGGAGGUGUACCGCGCGUAGGGGAAAAACGAGGUUGGGACGGGUGCAGAAGCAUCGCUUUGAGGCCGCUGUGUCGAGGUUGGGUCGGGGGAUGCCUUCAUCUUUCCCUUUGCAUCUCUGGCUUUCUGAAUAGCCAUCUUCUGCGUCGCUCAGCUCAAGAUUACUGGCUGUGUGCCUCGCGCGCGCAGGAGGCGAGAUCGGGAGCAGAGUAAGCCAGCUCGGGCGAGCUUGGGCUCGCAUUUCCUGCGUCAUCCUCAGGCGUCAAU